AUUCCAAACAGAACAGUUUACUGUUGGAGGAAUUAUUCAAAAUAAACGGCAGCAUUUCUCUGGAAAGCCAGAGGUCUACAGGAGAUGGAUGGUGAAUUAUUCACAGAUUCAGCCCUGGAUGUGGCAGCCCGCUUUACAGAUUUUGACCGGCUGAUGGAGAUGAUGGUAAACAAAGGAAAACAAGGAAUAAAAAGAAAGAUGAAUCAAAAUGACAGCAAAAAGAAAAAAAACAAAAGUAAAAACUACACAUUUUCAGACUUAAAUAGUGGAUCUGGAACAAAGCAGGCUAAAGCAAAGUGUGAACUGAAGGAAAACUACCCACAUACUGAUUUCAUUGAUGAGAAAAGGAUACAAAGCACAAAAGACACUGAAAAAUGCUUCAAGAAAAAAUGCUUCAAGAAAAAUUCCAAUAGGAUACCAAAUUCACACCAAAUAUCCAGAGUUAAUGAGCAGAACGAUAGCAAAAAUGGCAUUGGACUAGAUGCAACAGAUGCCUUUAAGGAGAUCAGAAAAAAGAAAGUGCUGCAGGUUUACUGUGGGAAAAUGGCAGGUAGUCUCUACAGAAUGAAGUAUGAAAAGGGUGAGCAGUGUAUAUUAUGUAAAGGUCAGUGGUUUACACCCUGGCAGUUCGAAAAGUUUGGUGGAAAAGCGAAUAGCAAGAAGUGGAAGGGUAGCAUUCACUGCAAGCUGUCAAAGGAUCCUCGGCCUGUGCAACUAAUGAAACUCAUCAAGAAUGGCUGUCUUUCAGAGUUUGGACACUUGAGGGAAUCACCUCAACAGGGGACGCAGACUGAGGGAGACGGUGCAAACACGGCGCGAAAUGAGACUGCAAACUGUGAAUUAAUGAGCUCUUUAAAAGAUAUUCCACAGUCCGUGAGAAGCAUGUUUUCCAAAACUCUUGAAGUAACUGUGUGUAGAAAGAAAGAGCAAAUACUGCAGAAAGAAACAAUCCAGCCAGCACAUACUGACGGUUCUUCAGAUGAGUCAGAAUCUGUUGCUGAAAGAGUUAAAAUGAACAGAAGAGAAUCUGUGACUUUAACUGAAGCUGCUACCAAAACAACCUCUCAACCAGUGGAAUCUACUAAUACUGAUAAAGAUGCACCUGCACACCCCACUGAUGCUCCAGAGCCUGCAGGAUCUACUGUCAUAGAGAAGGCUAUUCAGACCACAGAAGAAGUAGCAGCUCCGCUCAGCUUCAGUUCUCCUCCUGCUGAAUGGCAGAACCCUGUUGAACCAGUAGAAACUCGAGAAACAGGCCAGAUGCAGUUAUUUGAAUUUCUGGCUAAACAGUUUAAUACCAUCAAUGACACCCUAAAAUCAAUUGAUGCGUCUUUAAAGAAGCUGGUGGAGAAGCAGUCACACGACUCUCUGCCAGAGUGUAACAGGGGGAUUCCUGCUCUUCAAGAACACCCCCAGAUUAAUUGCUUGGUCAAGCAGGAGUAAGAUACAGAGGUUGUGAUGAGAUGAUUAGGAUGGAAAUGAUCGAUUAAAGUUUUUAAUAAAAUGAAAAAAGGUAUUAGGAAGAAGAAAUAUAUAGCUUAGAUGUUAAAAUAUAAAGUUAUGUAUCUGCAUUUUAUAGUCAAACACUCGUUUUAUUUUUAAAGUCAGUACAGU